UGAAUGAAUUUUAUCCGACCGUUUGGCUUGUGGUUCGCGGGCUCGUUUCUUGCUCAGGAGAUGAGAGUGAAAGAGCGCCAAACGAUGGAUCGUGAGAAAGAGUGAGUGCAAGCUAGCAGAAGAAAUCAGUUUACGAGAGAAGUGUGCAUAGCCCAGGGCUUAGCAGUGGUUUUUAAAUGUUUAGAGUUUUGUUUUUGUUUUUAACGUUUUUUUCGAUAUGAGUUCAAAUAGGAUUUUUAAAUUAUACUAUUCGUGUAAGGGGAGUAUACAUAUGUGUUUUCAUGAUUUUCAUUAUCAAGUAAGAAAAAGUUUAGUUGAAUAUUUUUGCCUCUAUGUUUGUAAUAAAUUGUGAUUAGGGGAUGCAUUAAAAUGAUUCUGACAAGUUAACUGAUUUAUUUAAAAAAAAAAAAAUAAACACGGUAAACCCUGGACAUCUUCACGCUGUCUGUUCUCGCACGCCAAAUUCAUUCGAACAAUCGCUCGCUCUCUCGCUCUAUCUCAUCCGCACGCACUUCCUUACUCUAUCGCUCUCCCCUCAAAAUGGUGGAUUCUCUUGGGCUCUCGCAAUCUCUCGCAAAACAAAUGGCAGCAGCAGGCGCAGCAACCGCGGCGACGACCGAGCGGAAUUCAUUCCGCUAUACAUCCACACAGUUCAUUCAUUCAAACAUUCAAAGUUCUUCUUCGCUGUCGAGCAGAGGUGCGUGCGCGUUCGAACGAAAUUCCUCAACGAUUGCAAUUUCAAACCGGACCAAUAAUGUCCAGCUAAGAAGCGAGUGAAGAGAAGCAAAAAAAAAAAGCAAACAGCCAGCCAUCGGGUGCUAAAGUCCAAAUCAAAACGCAUCGAUAGCAACGCGGCAUUGUUGUUUGUUGGAAGUAUGUUAGGUGCGUGAAGACCGCUUUGAAGAUAAGCCAGUUGAGAGAAAUAAAAAACAAACAAACGAGGACGGUGCUAUAUUAAAUUGUGUGUGUCUGAGUGCUGCGUACAUCGAAAUUGUUUAAUACGCAGAAUAGAGUGUCCUACCAAAGUGAAGAAGGUGUUUCGAAAACAAGGUUCGGGAAAAUAAAUGUGUGCAGUGCUGCAUGCUCUGUGCGUAAAAAACCUCCCCCGUAAGUGAAGUGAAAGUGGUUUUGAUAACUCCCCAGCAAGUGUGUAGUGUGUGUACCACCAGGUGCUUUUCCGUGCAUGUGUGUAUAUGAGCGAUUUGCAUAAGUGUGUAAAUUAUCUCGCCUGCCCUUGCAUGCAUUUGCCGUUCGUACCGGUCGAUGCGUCGUGAAAAUAAGGGCACCGAAAAGCUCGGCCACUGCAUCUGGCCAUCGUGGAACAGGUGUAACCGGUGUAACAAAUUAACACGUGUCCGCACAAAGUUGGUGUAAAACUGUGUGUAAAGUGUUGGCAACCCGAGCUACCAGACCGGCACAGGCAGUGUGCUUUGUUCAUGCUUCCACGGUGUGCCGUUGUUGAAACGUAAUUCAUACGCAUAUUAAAGCGUGAAGUUUAAAGUCGCCGAAAAAAAAUGAAACAAAUGUUCCUUAAGCAAAAGCGUCCACAGGACGUUUAAAGACCAUCGAAAAAGGGGGUCUGCUCGUCUUUUUCAUGCAGAAAACAGAAUGCUGUAUUAAUCAGUUCUGCCAGCAUGAACGAUCCUGUGUGCUACUAAAAGUACGAAUACCUGGGUGUCUUUUUCACCGCGAAUGUUGAAUCUUGGUGCUUUGAAGUUAACCAAAAAGAAGAUCUUCCCCUGUUUAUCGUAACCGCAACACACGCAAGCUAGGUGUGUGUGUGAGUGUGCGUCUGUGUGCGUGUGUGUGUGCGGUGAGUGAGUGGCCACGCACAAGGGUUUAGCAAAAGCAGUCAAGGUGGCCGCGUCGAAGAGAUCCCGAGGGACCUCGGCGUCCGAAGGUCGCCUUGCGCCGACUACCAUUACUACCACCACCACCACGACGACGACGACGACGGAAAGCACUGGAGCUGGCGGUGGGCAACCCACUGCAACCACCACCAACACUACUACCACCACCACCAACGUUGCCACCUCCUCGUCCGGCGGAGCCACCGUUGAUCCUUCCUCCGCCAGCCUACAGUCGUCCAGCUCGCGCCAAGGAUCGGUCGAUGGCGUGAUGCAACGAUGCGGCCUCUGCUCCAUCAUCUCCAGUCUGCUGAGGCGCGCCAUGUGCGUCGGGUCGCGGCGUGGUAGCGGAGAAUCCUACUAUCAGGAGCUAGCGGAAACAAAUGUACGUCAAUGUGUUAAAUACAAUGAAUCUGCAACCAUCGCGGACGUCGCCACGGUGGAAACGACGGACAGCUCGAGCUACAAACGACUGAUAUCAACCACAUCUAGCAACGCACCGACAGCUGCUGCUACGACGACGAUCGUGGCGCUAACGACGCCCACCGCCACAACCCCAACCGUAAUGUUAAUGCACGGAGACGACGACGACGAAGGAGCACUGAAUGGUCAGCCAAGGGCAGCCAACGCUGCCGCCGCCACCGCCACGACUACCAACCUGCGAAGAAUCUCCGAUCAAGAUCGACCCCUGUUCGAGGCACUGAUGGCGGAGGAGCGAGGCGAGCUGCCCCGGCGGCGGCACGCCUGCACCGGCCGCUUCCUAACGAUGCACAAGCGCCGCAGAAAGAAGCUGCUGACGCGCAGUCUCGCCCUCGACCAAGCCAUCCUGGACGAUGUGCUUCACGGGCAGGUGCAGUGCAUUCUCGACCGUGUGCAUCACUGGCGCUUUAACGCGUUCACGCUCGAGACGGUGACUGGUGGACGCUCACUGCCGGUAUUAUGUGUUCAUCUGUUCCACUGGUACGGGCUGCUGGACCACUUCAACCUAGACGUAGUUAGAGUAUGGAAAUUGUUUAGCUUAAUCGAGGAAGGCUACCACAGCACCAACCCGUACCACAACUCGAUCCACGCGACCGACGUCACGCAGGCGAUGCACUGCUUCCUGCAGGAGAAGCGCAUACUGGAGAAUCUGAGCCCGCUCGAAAUUAUGGCCUCGCUGAUCGGUGCCGUCACGCACGAUCUCGACCAUCCGGGCGUCAAUCAACCGUUCCUGAUAGCGACCUCCAACCAUCUGGCGGCACUGUACGAAAACACGUCCGUGCUGGAGAAUCACCACUGGCGGUCGGCGAUCGGCUGCCUGCUGGAGAGUGGCGUCGCCGAGCAGGUGCACGACAUCCGGCCCGAGCUGGAGAAACAGAUCAGCUCUCUAAUACUGGCGACGGACAUUACGCGGCAGCAGGAGUUUAUCGGCCGGUUCCGCGACUACCUGAGCCGGGACGCGCUGGACAUGCGCGACACCGCCCACCGCCACUUCAUACUGCAGAUAUCGCUCAAGUGUGCCGACAUUUCGAACCCGUGCCGCCCGUGGGACAUCAGCAAGAAGUGGAGCAUGAAGGUGUGCGAGGAGUUCUUCCGGCAGGGCGACUACGAGCGGCAGCUGAACCUUCCGGUGACUUCCCUGUGCGAUCGGCAGUCUACGACGGUGCCGAAAAUACAGACCGGGUUCUUCAAGUUCGUGGUGACGCCGCUGAUGGACGAGUGGCACCGGUUCCUGCGCACGGACCUGUCCCACUCGAUGAUGCACCAUCUGAAGUACAAUCAGACGCAGUGGGAGAGUAAGCUGCAGGCGGAGAUUAACGAGGAGACGCGCACGGAAAUCUCGGACGCGGAGCUGCUGGACGAGGAGGACAUUGACGGUGGGGAUGAGGAUGGGGGUGGCGAGGAUGAGGGUGACGAUUCGCACCAUUUGGCGGAUUUGUCCGACAGCUCGGAAGCGCUGGUACCGUUUGCGAUGGCGACAAAGUUUGGACGCAGAAGUUCGCUCCAGGUGGCGUCGGCCAACCAUGGUUUCGGUGGCCGAGUGCGCAACGACCGACGACUCUCGGUACCGGCCACACACUGCAUCCCGAAGAUUAUCCUUCCGGCGAAGGAACCGUCGAGCGGUGGAGGACGUUCGGGCGGUGGUUCCGGUGGCGGUGAGUUCACCCUGCAGCCACCGGAAUCGAUACAGGAGAGCGACGAACAUCGGUUCGAUGCAGACUCGCUCUCGAUCUUCUCCUCCGACAGUGACAGCUUACACCGGGGAGCUCGUGGAUCCUCGACAGGCAGUGCGGCAGAUCGGGAACGACCGCUCAGUGCGGAGAAUCUGCUCCCGGAUUGCAGUAUCGCUUCCAUGACGGACGGUGCUUGCGGCGAUCGGCUCAAUCUCGUACUGCACGGUGCGGUCAGCGUUGGCAACACGGCCAACCUGCUUACCGUGGGCACCUCGAAGCAUCUGAUCCGCCAGCAAACGUUCCCACCGUUGCAACCGUACGUCCGGACACGCUACAUGUCCUCGCAGGCAGAACUCGGCGCCUGUCCGGAAGCGUUGCUCGAAUCGCACUCGUCCAGCUCGAACAGUAGCGGCUCAACGAACGCAGCAGCAGCGGCCGCUCUAUCAAACGUCGAAUCUCGCGGUCGCGUUCUCGCGACCAGAAAGGAUAGCAUCAAGCGGGAGCAACAGCCGGACGGUGCGGGCUCAUCGCAGGCGGAUGGGGCGGGCAAGAUCAAGGUGCCGAAGUUAUCGCUCGGCCAGAAGGAGAACCUUGACCCAUCGAUGCUAAAGCGAAGUCUUAGCAGGCGGCGUGGUUCGGCUCCGGUGACUGUGGCGCUGCCUACGAAAACGGAACCCGCCGGAACGGGACAGGUUGGGGCAGGCGUUGGGAUUGUCGGCGAGAUCGGCAAAUCGUUCAUCAUCAAAACUUGCGAUCUGAUGCGCCGGGGAUCGAUGCCCGUCGACGCUCUCAUGCACUCUAAAGAUCUUCCAUCAUCCCAAAGCACGGCGGGAAGUAGUGUGAAUGCCGGUGGCGUUCCUUCCAACACGGCGCAACUUCCCAACAACAGCCUGGUCGCACCACCGCCAUCGUACCCCGGUAUGCAACGGCGCGGAUCAGUUCCCUGCGAAAGUACCAACAAUGUGGCGCUCCGGAGCAGCUUCAGCAUCAAGCGACGCAGCACGAAGAAAGCGAUCCGGCGGCGAUCGUCCGGCGGUGCCGAAAUUCUCAGCCCCAUUCUGUCGGAGGAUGCGGCAGGUGGUAGUAACGGUGCUGGUGCGUCCUCGUCCUCCUCUAACGCGUGGUACCGGAUCAAGCGGGAUUCGGGCCACCGGCGAACGGGUGACAACGAGAGUCUGCUGUCCCGGCGGCGAGGUUCCCUGCCGGUCGAGGUCCUCGCGAUCGGUUACUCCGGCACCCUUCGUCACUAAGAGCAGCCAGUGCGAAGACAAACGAUUUUAAUUUUUCUACAAUACACCUUCGCGUCGUUCGCCAUUCCAUCAUUCCAUCCCGCACCGUCGAAAGGCACAACCGACAGAGAGAGAGAGAGAGAGAGUACAGAGAGCAAGUGGCAGUGGCAAACCGAAAUAUCAUUUUCCUGCAAAAGGAACCGAUUAAGCUAAAUAGUGAAGACGUGAAAUGGAAACCAAUACCCCCUGUUUGCUCAUUCCUACCACCGAUGCUUCCCGCCUAUAUACAUAUAUAUCGAAUAGAAAGUGUAAAACGGAACUGAAAAGCUACCCACACACACACCACAGCAAAAAGAGAGAGAGAGAGAGAAAGAAAGAAAUGAGAAAAAGAAUGUAAAACCCUAUCAUAGGAAAGAAACAACUGAACUGAUCAAGUUUGAGAAAUGAAGAAAACAAAAUUAAUAACCAUUAGCAAAGUAUGUGUGUGUGUGUAACGUUAGAAAACAAAAAAGAAGAAGAAGAAGAAAUUGCGAACAAAAAGAAACAAACCAUCCCUUCCAUUUACCAUCUAGUGGUUGAAACAAAGCAAAACCGGUGUACAAGGAAGAGAGAGAAAGCAUAAAAAUCAAAGAAAGUAAUCGUAAAGCAGAAGAAGAAAACGAAUGACAAACAAAACCAGCGUGUCGGUAAGUGGUAGCACAUUUAAAUGACUAAAGACACAAAACAACAGCGAAAAAAAAGGAAAACAAACACAAAAAAACACAAUCUGUUUGCUAAGUGUGUGCAUUGGUGUUGUAGUAAUGUAGUAAAAUAGUAAGAGGAAGAGAAGAGAAUAGGAAGAAAAUUAAGGUAAACGUAAACGUAAAAAAUCCCCCGGUUAACGGUAGGCAAACGUGUGCGUAUGAUAUCCAAUUUCCCUUUUCCCAAUUUAGUUAGAAAACGGUGCUUAAAAACGAUGCAAAAUGGCGUGUUUUUUUUUUUUGGGAAAAGAUAGUAAAGCGACCCCGUUAGAGAAUCUAAAUCGACCAUCUUUUUCGCCCCGCAAAAAAAAAUAAACAUUACCAAACAUGAAGCCAGGCACGGAAUCCUUUCCUACUUACAGCUAGCCUGGAGAGAGAGAGCUUAUUGUACACAUCUCUUUAGAUACAAUCCUUCACGACACCACGAGAUCACUUAUCAUGAGCCGCCAAAGGUGUACUAGCGCACACAGCGAGAGAGAGAGAGAGAGAGAGAGAGAGAGAGAGAGAGAGAGAGAGAGCGUUACUAGAACAAUUGUCACUUUCCUUUUCAUGUCCAAAAAUGGGUACUUUUGCACCAUCAUUCUCUAGUACUGCAUCUAAUAAUCGCCACCGCCAUCUGUCAAACCAAUCAGAAGAAGCACGUUCGUCACCCGUUUUUAAACUGAGACAAACACGACUAGGAGCUGGUAUUCCUCGAAUGUGAAAAUGUAUGUGGGUGUGUGUGCGUGUAUGUCUCUUUCGUUCUUUUUUUCUAAUCAACAAAACACCCUGUGGUCGUUGUCGACACUAGCGAAGGGUAAAAAUAAAAAUAUCUCUCCUACUUUUUCUUCUGCUCUCGUAAAGGAAAACAUCAUAAAGAGAAAAAAAACGUAAGAAAACACUUGUAAGCUGGCUGGUUCCAGCUGCCAAGAGCAAGAAACAAACAGUCGAACACAGUAGUAGUAUAAGUAAGGCAAAAAACCGCGGUGGAAAAGAAUGUGUUGCUAAAGCAGAAUAUAAAAGCGAAACAUAAAACUCUUCCAACAGAGCAAAACAAAACAAGAGCAAGUAUGUAAGCGCCAUGAUCAAACAAGAUAAAAGUGUAUUUAGAGAAAAAAACCACACACAGAUAAUACAAAGCACAACAUAAAAUAGAAAUAGUGAAGCAGGAACCGAAACCUGGAAACUCCUUCCGUAACAAACAAACUGACAGAAUCAAACAACAGAAGAAGAAGAAGUGACACACACUUUUAAGUAAGUGGUAGCGCACACACACAAGAAAAAGAAAAUAUAUAAUAACAACAGAAAGUAUACAGAUUAGGAACAAACAAGAGAACAAAUUCGAAUGAUUAGAGAAAGAAACGGUAGAACAAACAUUUGCAAAGUCACACACUAGCAAAGAGUGUAUUAUUUAUUUUAUGUUAUUACGUUAAGAUGUGGUCAAUAAGUUAAUAAGCAAAAUGGUUACUUUGCGUGUGUUUUCUUUUUUGUUUCGUUUUUAUUAAAGUAUUAAAUUAAUGCUCCAAAUAUCACAACCGAGUAUGAUUGGAUUAAAAAAAAUUCCUUUGGCUUUUCCUUCUCGUGGCGUUGCGAUUUGAUCACCCAACACUUCUACAACUACAUACAUGUAACAAUAGAAUCAAUGUAAAAUAUCACGUGACACACCGGUUCACGUAAAGUCGUCAAACAAAGAGAGGAUAAUAGAACAAAACUAAAAGGGAAACAGAACCUUUCGGGUAGAGUUAAAUGUGUAAACCAUAGACCAGUAAAAACAAAAUAGAAAACAAAACCAAAAUGGAAACAAACCACUAACAUAACUUAACACAAUCGCUCUAAACGGUGUAUUGAAACGUAAAAUAAAUAGAAUUGUGCGUUUUAAGGCUGUAAAACGCAUCACCUCCAUCAUCACCAACACCACCACCACCACCAACCACUACGUCAUGGGUAACCGUUUUUAGAUGUAUUUUUCGACUCCUGCUAAAAAAAAGGGCUGCGGGUCCUGACGAUCGGUCUGGUAUCGAUCGUCCAACUGUCCCCAAUUUCGGUCCAAUUUGUAACUUUACCCCCAUUUAGGCUGCCUUUUCUAAGAGCAACGUCUUUCUCGCUGCCCCGUAAUUGUAACACAUCCAUAUUUUCGGUCGAAACCUCGAGUGUGCGGUGACCUUUCUUACGAACAAACUAAUUGUGGAACAAGAGGUUUUCUAUACUACACUACAAAAAAGAAACUUGAAGAAAGUGUAAUAGAAAAGAGAAAUAAAUCGAGAAAUAGAAAAGUGUCAAGAGACAUGGAAAAAAACGAGAACAAAAACGUUAACAAACAGUGGUUAACAUUGAACCAAACCUAACAAAAAAGAAAACCCAAUCAAUCAAAGAUAGACAGAUUCGGAAACAAAUCAAGGAGAGUAGAAUACGAACAAACAAACAGGAAUGUCGCCAUAUAGACACAUUCUCGAAUAGAAACACUCUCCUCAGCCCCUUUCCCCUCGUUGUUUCUCCUACAAUGUUCCUCACAUAAGGAAAAACUGACAACUGAAGCAGAAAGGGAACCCAGUAUAAAAGGCAUCGUAAUCGUAAUAGAAAAACCAAGUGAAGAAACAACAACAGAACAAAAGCCCCGUAAUAGGAAAAAUCAAUAACCGGAAUCCCGAAAUUAGUAAAAAAAUAGAAAGGAAAAUAGAGUAAAUCAUAUGAAAGUGAGAGAAUAGCGUGAGCCAGCCAUUAAGAAAGAAGCUCACUUUUUCUAGAACUAUUCUACCAAACUCAAAAACCCACACACACACAAGGGUGGUACGAGCGGCACCCUAUUGCUACGCGAUUUAUUUUACCUUUCUAGUGAAAAGUAUUCGAAAAACCCGAAACCGAAACAGACACUCACACAACUUUUACUACUAUUACUACUACUUCUACCUUUCUAGACGACACGGGGCGCGUACACGUGACAUAGUGAUUAAUGUAAGUGUGCAGAAAUAAAAAUAGAAACAAAAACCGAUGACGAUGAAUGAAUGAAAUUGGAAUAAAACGGUCCAAAAAGUCCAUUUAGAAGAUGAGAAAAAG